GAAAAAGAGGAGAUUCCUUGAAUGUGUGGAUUAAAACAAGGUAUGAAAUAUCUGAGGUUUGGAAAAGCCUUCUCUAGUGCUAUUUCAUGCAGAGUAUUUGCAUGUCUCAGCAGCAUCAGCCAAGGUUUCUUGAAGCUUAAACCCAUCCACCUUGGAAAAGCUGGGUUUAGGUAAGGGUAGUUAUUUGCCAAAGUAUUUGGAGUGGGGGAGAAAUCUUUAUUUUUUUGGGUGAAAAUAUUCUGUAAUUGCAAAAUUAACCACCAAUACUUUUAUAUACUUUGGAGAAAGCUUUUCUUGGCUAACAGAUUCAAACAUCCAUAAAUAAUAAUAGUAAGCAACAUUUAUUGCAGGCAAUCUUGUGGUAAGUAAUUUAUAUACAUCAUCUCAUUAAUGAUGUAUUUCCAUACAACCCUGUGAAUGGAUGUUUUUAUUUCUAUCUUAUAUAUAAAGAAAGCGAGGCACAGAGAUCACAUAAUCAGGUGACCUUGAGUUUGAAUGUAAACUCAAGUUUACCCUUUAUUCACCACCUAUAUUCCUAUAUCCUCUAACUGAGAAGGAUGGGACAAGUCACUUACAUUAUGGACAAAUUUUUUUAACAGGAGUUGCCCACAGAACGGAGUCUAGAGCUUAGAAAAAACACAUUUAAUUAGGUUUACCCCUAACUUCCGGACCCCCAUUUCUAGCGCUUCUUUGGGGAUGAACCUUCUGUAGAACGAAGCUGCUAGAAAGGGAGAGGUUCUUUUCUGAGACGAGCCAAUGAGAAGACUGCAUCAUGUGAGUGGCACGUCGUUUGGCCAAUGGGUUCAGCCCUUGAGGCCUCGCGAGAAGAUCAGAAAUUGGUCUGGAGCAUGUGGGCCUUUCGGCGUGUCGGGGGCGUUGAGCACCGGGUUCUCCUGGAGGCCAGCAGAGCGGGGCGACGGCUGGAGAUUGGUAAUUUAUCAGAAUAGGAUCGACACCAGUGUCCUCUGCAGCCGUUCAAUGGAUCCUGUCCAACCACCCUUCAGGGGCUCUUCUGUGAACCCAUCUCAGUGUGUACGGAUGCCUGGCUCUUGGCCACAAGCUCCUAAACCUUUGGACUCAGCGCUGGGCAGGGCAGGAUCUACAGGCAGAGGCCAUGUAUUUGGGAAGCCAGGGGAACCAAGCCCACGGAGUGGGCCAGCACAAAGGGAAUGUGUGGAUUUGGUCUCCAUGUUCCGAGGACUGGGCCUUGAAACAGUGUCUCGGACCCCUCUGAAACGGGAAAUGCCUCCAUUAGGUAGAGGCAUUUUAGGUCGAGGCUUGUCUACCAGUAUGGUACGCAAGGACAAAGAAGAACCCCAUCCCACUUUUCCGGAUCCUUCAGUGCUGGCAGCUGGGGAUAACAAGAUGGCAGAGGCCUGUGUUGGUUGGAAUAGAAUGCUUGGAAGAGGGAAUUCGGAUAUGUCUUUAUUCCCUUUGGGAAGAGCAGCUGGUGGUAUAGGCAGAGGAGUAUACAAGGCUCCUGCUACUCUCAGCUUGACUUCUCGGGAUCCUGCCCAGCUGUCGUCAUCACCACCUCUGCCCCCAUCCUCACCACACUCUCUGGGUCACCCUCUACUUGGGACUGUAGAACACAAGGGAAAAGAGCUUUUUGUGAAGCAAGGAUCAAAAGGUACACCUCAAUCUUUGGGAUUGAAUCUUAUCAAAAUACAGUGUCAUAAUGAAGCAGUCUAUCAAUAUCAUGUGACUUUCAGCCCCAAUGUGGAGUGCAAAAGCAUGAGGUUUGGCAUGCUGAAGGACCAUCAAGCUGUCACCGGCAACGUUACUGCUUUUGAUGGAUCCAUUCUCUAUCUGCCUAUUAAACUUCAGAAACAAGUCCUUGAGUUAAAAAGUCAAAGGAAAACUGAUGAUGCAGAGAUCAGCAUUAAGAUUCAAUUGACAAAGAUCCUGGAGCCCUGUUCUGACUUGUGCAUUCCCUUCUACAAUGUUGUUUUCCGUCGGGUAAUGAAACUUCUAGAUAUGAAGCUUGUAGGGAGAAACUUUUAUGACCCUACAAGUGCUAUGGUUCUACAGCAGCACAGGUUGCAGAUCUGGCCAGGCUAUGCAGCUAGUAUCCGAAGAACAGAUGGAGGUCUUUUUCUGCUAGCUGAUGUCUCCCAUAAGGUCAUUCGGAAUGAUUCAGUGCUGGAUGUCAUGCAUGCCAUGUAUCAGCAGAACAAAGAAAACUUCCAGGAUGAGUGCACUAAGCUUCUGGUUGGCAAUAUUGUUAUAACCCGAUACAACAAUCGUACCUAUCGCAUUGAUGAUGUGGAUUGGAAUAAGACACCAAAAGAUAGCUUCACAAUGUCUGAUGGGAAGGAGAUCACAUUCUUGGAAUACUACAGCAAAAACUAUGGGAUCACAAUUAAGGAAGAGGACCAGCCACUGCUGAUCCACAGGCCCAGUGAGAGACAGAAUAACCAAGGGAUGCUGCUGAAAGGCGAAAUCCUGCUGCUGCCCGAGCUUUCAUUCAUGACUGGAAUCCCUGAGAAGAUGAAGAAGGACUUCAGAGCCAUGAAGGAUUUAACCCAGCAGAUCAACCUGAGCCCCAAACAGCACCAUAAUGCUUUGGAAUGCUUGCUGCAGAGAAUUUCGAAGAAUGAGACAGCUAGCAAUGAAUUGGCACGCUGGGGACUCUGUCUCCAGAAGGAUGUACAUAAGAUUGAAGGACGUGUUCUGCCAAUGGAAAGAAUUAACUUAAGAAAUACUUCAUUUAUCACAUCUCAGGAACUAAACUGGAUUAAGGAAGUAACCAGAGACCUUUCCAUCUUGACUGUCCCCAUGCAUUUCUGGGCACUGUUUUACCCAAAGAGAGCAAUGGAUCAGGCCCGAGAACUGGUUAAUAUGUUGGAAAAGAUAGCUGGCCCCAUUGGUAUGCGCCUCAGCCCACCAGCCUGGGUUGAACUAAAGGAUGAUCGAAUUGAGACCUAUGUCAGAACCAUUCAAUCCAUGCUAGGAGUUGAGAGGAAGAUACAGAUGGUUGUUUGCAUCAUCAUGGGAACACGUGACGACCUCUAUGGGGCUAUUAAAAAGCUGUGCUGUGUGCAGGCUCCUGUGCCCUCACAGGUCAUCAAUGUUCGAACCAUUGGUCAGCCAACCAGGCUUCGGAGUGUGGCCCAGAAAAUUUUACUUCAGAUUAAUUGUAAAUUGGGUGGUGAGCUCUGGGGAGUGGAUAUUCCUCUGAAACAAUUAAUGGUGAUUGGGAUGGAUGUUUACCAUGACCCCAACCGAGGCAUGCGCUCCGUGGUUGGCUUUGUUGCAAGCAUCAAUCUCACACUCACAAAAUGGUAUUCACGAGUGGUGUUCCAGAUGCCUCAUCAGGAGAUUGUGGAUAGCCUGAAGCUAUGCCUGGUGGGCUCCUUAAAAAAGUUUUAUGAGGUGAACCACUGUCUCCCAGAGAAGAUUGUGGUAUACCGUGACGGAGUGUCUGAUGGCCAACUAAAGACAGUUGCCAACUAUGAGAUUCCUCAGCUACAGAAGUGUUUUGAAGCUUUUGAGAAUUAUCAGCCCAAGAUGGUAGUAUUUGUAGUUCAGAAGAAAAUCAGUACCAAUUUGUACCUGGCUGCUACCGAGCACUUUGUGACUCCCUCCCCUGGGACUGUGGUAGAUCAUACCAUAACAAGCUGUGAGUGGGUGGACUUCUACCUUCUUGCCCAUCACGUACGGCAGGGUUGUGGCAUUCCUACCCAUUAUGUCUGUGUUCUCAACACUGCAAACCUGAGUCCUGAUCACAUGCAGAGGUUGACUUUCAAGCUGUGCCACAUGUACUGGAACUGGCCUGGCACCAUCAGAGUCCCAGCUCCCUGCAAGUAUGCCCACAAGCUAGCUUUUCUGUCAGGACAGAUCUUGCAUCAUGAACCAGCCAUCCAGCUGUGCGAAAACCUGUUCUUCCUGUGACUGGGCAGCCAGGAUAUGGGUGCUUAGGGAGAUUAGACUUCUGAACUCAGCUGCAACUCAGGCAGGAUCAAGAGGGACCCAAGGGGUUUUUGUGUUGGUGGUGGGUUGUUGUGGGGUUUUUUUUUUUUUUUUUAACCAACCUGGUAGAAUAAGAUUUCUUUUUUCUUUUUUUUCCCUUUUAUACCUGAUAUCACCAAGAAGUAAGUUCCAUUUCUAAAUAUCAGCUGGAAAUUUCCUUGUUGCCUUUGUAGAGCAAGUGGUGGCAGUACACGUCCUGUAUAUAUGGAGGGGGUGAAUACAAGGGAACCUCUAAAAGCCCCCAUAGCCAACAUGAGCUGUGGAAACCUGCAGAAACAGCAGUUACACCUUGUAAGUUAUGCUUACUAAGCACUUCCUAUUUCUGUGCCAGAGGUGAUAAUGAAUGAAGUCAUUCCGAGUUUCUUGAAGUAGAGAGUUACUUUAUUUGGGCAACUGAGAAAGGUAGUAAAAACACCUGUGAGGCAAAGUUUUUCUAGAUAUUGUGAUUGCUGGUAAGUGUGAAACGCACGUAGUAAAACCAGCUGGUGGCGUAGUCAAGUCCUACUGACCUAAUCUUGUCUGGGAAUUGAGUUUAUGACACCUGUGUCUUGAGUUGGCUUUGAAGCUUUGAAAGGGGCAUUUAGCCAUUCCUUGGCCUCCUGAGAAAGGCCAGAUGAAGUUUUUUUCUGUAUAUUUUAGUUGCUUUACAGUGUACCAUGUUGAUUUCUUCCUACACCACCUCCCCCGCCCACCCCCCACACACAUUGGCUCUUUGUUAUUGAUCUUUAAUAAAGUUUCAGCUUUUAAAUUAAGAAUCAGAACACGGUGAAAUUCAACAGCUAGGAAGAUUCAUGAUGGAGUGAGUCUUUCUUAAACCUUUUUCCUGGAUGUGUGGCCUUCUUUUCGUUGAUGUGUUUGUAAAUGGAAUCACUCAUUUUCCUUGCUCAAUAACCUAUUCCUGGCUGUUGGCUCAUAUUGUUAGGAAUUUUUCUGAAUCCAGCUUAAGAUUUCCAAAAGUCAGCUUUGGAAAACAUGACACUCCUGCCAGAGUCCAGACAUUUCAGCUUAGAAAAUUGUCAUAUGCCUGUGGGGUUUUUUUGUGUUUAUUUUUCCCUGUUUUAAAAUCCUCUGACCCCUUCAGGGUUAAUUCAGUUUUAACUUGCUUUAACUGGUUUUAAACGCCAAUUUUAUUUACCCAUUUCAAAUUUGUAUUUAUUUAUUUAUUUUUUGGUGUGAUGGCAGGGAGGGGACAAAGCAGAAACUCCCAUUUUAUAUAAUAGUGUCUGAGAAGAGAAACUUCAGCUUAAAACUCCUUAGAAGAAUAAAAGCAAGCAAGUUUUCAGUUUGUUGCAGUGCCCCACAGAGGUUGAGGAACUUUGAAUGAGUGUUGCUAGUGCACUCCUAGUUUCAUUUAGAGUGUGGGACAUAGGGCAAGGCUAAAGCCUGGAAUUUAAAACCCACUGAAUCAAACAAAUUGGACCACUGGUCUCCGUCUCAACAGAUCAGCUUUCUGAUUCUCUGUGGAAGCAUUUUGAAUUUCUCUUUUGAAGUUGGAUUUCCUAAUACUCAUUUUCUCUUACAUAAUCAGAAAAGACAAAUGCUUGAAUAUAAUACAAAAUUUCUUCACUUUUUAUUUCUGUUCUCUUGCCAUUUUUUUCAGUCUUAAUGUGCAAUGAUUGGGCUGUGGGGUGGGAAAUAAAUAAAAACAAAUUUGUAUAAACAUGUA